UGCACAGAUCAACCCAACACCUAGGUAUUAAGCCAGCAUGCAUUAGCUAUUUUUAUCAAAUGUUAUGGGCUGGAUUGUGUUCCCCAAAAACUCAUAUGUCGAAGUCUUAAUCCCCAAAACUUCAGAAUAGGGUCUUCCAGGAGGUAAUUAAGUCAAAGUAGGUCAUUAGCUGGACCCAAAUACAAUAUGACUGGUGUCCUUAUAAGAAAAGGAAAAAAAUGACACAGACAGGCACAGAGGGAAAAACCAUGUGGCAACACAGGGAAAAGUCAUUUAAUAUUCAAAACAUUUAAUAUUUCUGAAGUCAUUUAAUAUUCCUGAAGUCAUUUAAUAUUCAAAACACUUAAUAUUCCUGAAGUCAUUUAAUAUUCAAAACAUUUAAUAUUCCUGGUCAUUUAAUAUUCAAAACAUUUCAUAUUCCUGAAGUCAUUUAACAUUCAAAACAUCUAAUAUUCCUGAAGUCAUUUAAUAUUCAAAACAUUUCAUAUUCCCGAAGUCAUUUAAUAUUCAAAACAUUUCAUAUUCCCUAAGUCAUUUAAUAUUCAAAACAUUUCAUAUUCCUUAAGUCAUUUAAUACUCAAAACAUUUCAUAUUCCUUAAGUCAUCUAAUAUUCAAAACAUUUCAUAUUCCUUAAGUCAUUUAAUAUUCGAAACGGUCCCAUACGUUAAUAUUAUCCCCAUAUUAUAGAUGGAGAAGCGGAAGUUUUGGGGAUGUUAAAUGAGAUCUCAGAUCCUCCUAUGAGCACGCACCAGGUGCAGGACUCAGAUGGGAAUCUUGUGACUCCAAAUCCCAUCUACUUGUUACUUUCAGGGAAUAAGGGACUGAUAGACUUUGGUCCCAACUCUGCCCUAAACUAGUUGUGAGACCUUCAAAAAGUUAGGAAUUUUUUGCUAUUCAUUUAUUCAUCUGUAAAAUGAGGGAAUGGAAUUGAACAUUCCAAGGGUCUAUAUAAGGGCCUGCUAGUUUUAAGAAUUUUGCUCAAAUCAUCGUUUUCAAACUCCUGAAGAAAUUAUUUCUGUAAAUUCAUUUAGAAUUGAAAGGAAAUUCAGUAUUUGGAGAAUCACAAUUUUGCCCACAGAAUUCAAGGAUUUAUUGGAAAAAUAUACAUACUUGCAAAUAUUUUUGAAAUAUUAUGACCUUAACUCAUUUUAAAAAGUCAUCUAUAUAGGGCUUGCAUCCCAUUCGUUAACUUUCUGUUGUUAAAAUUUUCUCCAUUCUGAGAUUUUAAAGACUGCACGCAACUUCAUGAACAAAAUACAGGAUUAACAUUUUCUGACAGAAAAUUUAAAUUCCAGUUUUAAAAUCUUCAGGGAGUAAUUAAAUAAUCUUGAGUGGGAAAAAAAAAUUAGUUGCAGAUCUUAGUUUUUAGGUCUGAAAAAAUGGAGUAAAUGGCUUCCUGCUUGCGUAGCAGGAAAGUUUGCCUUUAAGUAAGAAAUUAUCUGUAAAAUACCUUUGAACUCUGUGGAGGGAAGUUGCUGCACACAUUCAAUGGCAAGGUAAUUAUUACAAGCUCCCAGUAUUAGGCUAUUUUUUUUCCAAUACUUCCUCAGUUUUGAAAUAUUAUAUGGGUUACUUGAUUUGUAUUUUUUUCAUACCUGCAGAAGUUAGGGUGCAUUUUUUUGACAGGAGUGGGGAAGUAUUGUAGAAAAUAAUUUUUUAUCAUAAUGGAGUAUGGCAGGUUAUGUGACUGUGAGGAUCAGAAUUGUGAAUCAUCUCUUGUGUGUUUUCAAGUAAAUAAAGGCAAUCUGCCCACGGGGCAGAAAAAAAAAAAAAAAAAUCUACAAACUACAAACUCCGUCCAAUCACAAAAAGACAAAUCAGCCUUCAGGCAAAUCAAAUGUCUUCAUUCAAAGUCUACCUGGAUUUGGCACUCUGCCCAUCGUUUCAAAACCUCUUAACAAUACACUUCACAAAUAGUUAAAAACAUGUAUACUGAAAAGCCUACUUUUGCAAUGUUAUUUUUAAAAACAAGGAACUCUUUAACCCAGGGAAGAUAAUCACUUGGGAAAAAGAAGGUUCGUUUCUGAGUUAGCAACAAGUAAAUGCAGCACUAGUGGGUGGGAUUGAGGUGUGCCCUGGUGCAUAAAUAGAGACUCAGCUGUGCUGGCACACUCAGAAGCUUGGACUGCAUCCUAGCCGCCGGCUCACACAAGGCAGGUGGGUGAGGAAAUCCAGAGUUGCCAUGGAGAAAAUUUCAGUGUCAGCAUUCUUGCUCCUUGUGGCCCUCUCCUACACUCUGGCCAGAGAUACCACAGUCAAACCUGGAGCUAAAAAGGACACAAAGGACUCUCGACCCAAACUGCCCCAGACCCUCUCCAGAGGUUGGGGUGACCAACUCAUCUGGACUCAGACAUAUGAAGAAGCUUUAUACAAAUCCAAGACAAGCAACAAACCCUUGAUGAUUAUUCAUCACUUGGAUGAAUGCCCACACAGUCAAGCUUUAAAGAAAGUGUUUGCUGAAAAUAAAGAAAUCCAGAAAUUGGCAGAGCAGUUUGUCCUCCUCAAUCUGGUUUAUGAAACAACUGACAAACACCUUUCUCCUGAUGGCCAGUAUGUCCCCAGGAUUAUGUUUGUUGACCCAUCUCUGACAGUUAGAGCCGAUAUCACUGGAAGAUAUUCAAAUCGUCUCUAUGCUUACGAACCUGCAGAUACAGCUCUGUUGCUUGACAACAUGAAGAAAGCUCUCAAGUUGCUGAAGACCGAAUUGUAAAGAAAAAAAUCUGCAAGCCCUUCUGUCUAUGUCAGGCCUUGAGACUUGAAACCAGAAGAAGUGUGAGAAGACUGGCAAGUGUGGAAGCAUAGUGAGCACACUGAUUAGGUUAUGGUUUAAUGUUACAACAACUAUUUUUUAAGAAAAACAAGUUUUAGAAAUCUGGUUUCAAGUGUACAUGUGUGAAAACAACAUUGUAUACUACCAUAGUGAGCCAUGAUUUUCUGAAAAAAAUAAAUCCUUUUGGGGGUGUUCUGUUUUUUCCAACUUGGUCUUUCACAGUGGUUCGUUUACCAAAUAGGAUUAAACACACACAAAAUGCUCAAGGAAGGGACAAGACAAAACCAAAACUAUUUCAAAUGAUGAAGACCAAAGACCAAGUUAUCUCACCACUCCACAGGUUCUCAGUAGAUGACUAUAAGUAGACCUGAGCUUAAUCAACAGGAGUAUCAAGCCAUGUGCUUUAGCAUAAAAGAAUAUUUAGAAAAACAUCCCAAGAAAAUCAUGUCACUACCUAGAAUCAACUCUGGCCAGGAACUCUAAUGUACACAUUUUCAUUUAGUAAUUAAAUUUUAGUCAGAUUUUGCCCCACUUAAUGCUCUCAGGGAAAGCCUCUCUCAGGGUAGCUUUCUCCUUCAGAAGUCUAAUUUAGUAGAAAGGUCAUCCAAAGAACAUCUGCACCCCUGAACACACCCUAAAGAAAUGCUGGGAAUUGGCCUUGUAAUCGUUUGUCUGUCAAGGUCCUAAAGUACUGGAGUGAAAUAAAUUCAGCCAACAUGUGACUAACUGGACGAAGAGCAAAGGGUGGUGACGUGUUGAUGAGGCAGAUGGAGAUCAGAGGUCACUAGGGUUUAGGAAACGUGAAAGGCGGUGGCAUCGGGGUAGGGGAGCAUUCUGCCUAACAGAAAUUAGAAUUGUGUGUUAAUUUCUUCACUAUAUACUUAAUCUCACAUUCAUUAAGAUAUGGAAUUCCUCUACUGCCCAGACCCUACUGAUUUCUUUGGCCCCUGGACUAUGGUGCUUUAUAUAAUGCUUUGCAGUAUCUGUUGCUUGUCUUGAUUAACUUUUUUGGAGAGAUCCUUUUUUGA